AAUAAAUAGUACCCAUUCAAACCAAAUUUCAGAUUUAAUUCUAUAUCCAAAAAUGCUCUCUUCUCUCAUCCAAAUUUUUCAGGUUUUCCAAGUUACUAGUGCUGUCGUUGUAACAGCAGUCUUGUUCGCUUUGGCGGGCAUAACCCUAGCCGGCUCAGUCGUGGGAUUAAUCGUAGCCACACCUCUUUUCGUAAUAUUCAGUCCGGUUCUCGUACCAGCAACUAUAGCUUCCACUCUCUUAGCCACCAAUCUCUCGGCCGGUGCAUUAUUUGGAGUGACGGCGGCUGCUCUUAUAGUCUGGCUCCUUAAGCAUAGAAUGGGAGUACACCCGAAGAAUAAUCCACCUCCAGCAGGAGCUCCACCCACAGAAGCAGCUAAACCGACAGAUAAACCAGCUGAAGGAGCAACAGAUAAACCAAAAGAUAAUCCGACUGGAGGAGCAGCCGAUAACCCAGGAGGUAAAUCGGAUGGAGGAGAAACAGAUAAGCCAGAAAGUAAACCAGCUGGAGGACCAGUAAAUAAACCAAAAGAUAAACCCGCUGGAGGACCGACGGAUAAGCCAGGAAGUAAGCCAGCAGAUAAACCCGCUGGAGGACCAACAGAUAAGCCAGAAAAUAAACCGGCUGAAGAGGCAUCAAAUAAACCAAAAGAUAAACCCGCUGGUGAACCAACAGAUAAGCCAGAAAGUAAACCAUCUAGAGAGGCAUCAAAUAAACGAAAAGAUAAACCCGCUGGAGGACCAACAGAUAAGCGAGAAAGUAAACCGGCUGGAGAGGCAUCAAAUAAACCAAAAGAUAAACCUGCUGGUGGACCAACAACUAAGCCAGAAAGUAAACCAGCUGGAGAGGUAUCAAAUAAACCAAAAGAUAAACCCGUUGGUGGACCAACAGAUAAGCCAGGAAAUAAACCAGCUGGAGGACCAGCAGAUAAACCAAAAGAUAACCCUGCUGGAGGACCAACAGAUAAACCAGCAGAUAAACCGACCGGAGGGACUGAAAAUAAACCGGCUGAAGAGGCAGCAAACAAACCGAUUGGAAAACCAAAAAAUAAACCGGCCGGAGAGAAUAAACCACCGGCAUGGUAUAGCUGAAUGGAGUAGUUUGAAAUUAAAGUAUUGGGUUCCAUAAAUUAUUCCUAAUUUAUCCUACACUACAUGUUUCAUAAUCAUUUCUAUGAAUGUACGACUUGUUACAAAGAAAUGAUAAACAGUGUACAUAAUUUUCUUUGUAAAUUUAUUAAAUUGAUGUGGAUAUCAUUAUAA